UGCGUUCACGUGAAACAUUUUUCACACAGGAAGUGCCUGUGCAUUGAAUGAAAAUUAGGAAAAAAAUAAUUUUUUCUAAAACUUUCAAGUUUGCAACGUCUUUUCCUUUUAUGUUUGAAUAGUUACCAUGAACAUUAGUUUUUUCAUUCCGCUAGGAAUGCAUUUUUACCAUACAUCUCACCUUUCCGCCUUGAAAGCGAAGCGUAGUCGGCGCGACGAAAGAGCAAAUUUCCCGUAUUGAAAUAAAACAUUUUUCAGCAGUGAAUAGGGCAAGACAGCAGCUUUUAUGACUGCACCACUGCAGCUGAAAUGUUAAGCAAAUGGUCAUUGCAAUGUUUUCAAUAAUUACUUUCUGUUUUUUAUGAAAAAUUCUGGUUGAACACUGGUGAAAGAAAGACAAGAAAUGCAUUUUGGUAUACCCCAAUCCCAUAUAUAAUAGAAAAGCAGGUUGCAUGAAUGAAAAUCAUAAUGGAGGUUGAUCCACCCUCUUCGAACAAUAUAUCACCACCAAUAGGAUAUUGCAGUCGUGACUUGGAAAGCGCUGGGAGCAAUGGCAAAAAUAGUAUCCCAGCUCCAGGGACACUAAAACGAUGCAACAGUGCACCGAUGAUCAAUAUACUAGUUUCUACAGCAAGUAUGCAAAUAAGUCCCCCAAGCAACUUCUCUAUCGAUUCACAGAGAACAAGACGUUUUAGCUCAAGUUCUAUGACUUUACAUGGAUCUACAACUCCCAUUAAAGUGGCUGACCGAUUAAACAUGCUAAAACAAGAGGAAAGUCAUAUAGCAGAUAGAGAUAUUCAAAGAGAGCGGGAGGUGCGAUCAGCUAUACAGAUAUCUACAUCGUGGACUGAACGCUUUUCUCUGGGAGAUCACGAACCAAUGAUAGCAGAGAACUCGCAGCAGAGACCAACCACGCGUCCAAGGUCAUUCUCAGAGUCAUUAUAUGUUUUUACCUCACCCUCAAUGUUAGUUGGUGCUAUGUCUCCUACAAGAGUGGGAAAGCAAUGUUUUUCACCAUCGAUGCAAGCUCCUAUAAAAAAUCACACAUUUACACCUAGUCCAAGCCCUAGUCCAACGAGGAAAUCAUUUCCAAGGAGUAUCAGUCCCAUCAUAAUAAGGCCGAGUCCUCUUGGUAAAAGGAAACUGGAGCCUGAUGGAGAUAAUAGAUAUGAGAGCUACAUGAGUCCACCAAAAAGGUUUCACUCAGGACCAAGUACACCAGACAGAUUGAUACCCCACCCACUGGCACAUAGUGUAUCAUCGAGCAGUUGUGAGGGCAGCAGUCCUGAGCAAACAAUACCCAGAACCAGCAGUAUUCAUAAUAUACCAACAGGCAAUAAACCACAGCCUUAUAUGUUUGGCUUUAUGCCGUUACGAGACUCACAAGACAUGCAAACUACAGAUUCAGAGACGUCUGAUGUGACAGAAUCGACAGACAUGUCGGAGGCAGGUGAUACAUCUAAUGGAAUGUUACUCACUACCACAGACAGUCCAAAUAACAGUGUGUUUACUCCAGUAAAAGCUAACCAUUUAUGACACAUGGUGUAACAUGUUGUCACCGGUGUUAAAAUAAAAUAUUGUUGUUACACAGUGUGAAGUGAAAAGAAUGAUAGCAUUACUGACGAAUCGAUCUGGGCAGAGAGGAGCAAGACAGAUUAGAGAUUUCAGACCUGUAGACCUAGAAAUGUUCAGACUACUAAAUUUUGUGUCUUGGCAGUUCUCUUAUGUAAUUAUAUAUAUAGUUAGAGACAUUAAGUUUGCGAAUAUACUGGCCUCACAAAUUGCACUAGCUUAAAAUGUGUGAAAUCAUUUCCAGGUUUACGGUGUGUGUAUAUGUAUGCAUAAGUGAAAUGAAUUCCCGAAUGUGAUUCUACUCAUCUGCUUAAAAUUUCUGAUAAAUUUAUCAGUUAGUUCACUACAUCUUUAUUUGCUAACUUACAUUUUUAUGCCCCUGAAGGGAGGCAUAUUAGUUUUCAACUGUCCGUCCGUUCGUUCGUUAGUUAGUUAGUUUGUUCGUCACAACGUUAACUUUUUGCAUGAAGGCACUUUACUCGCGAACCACUGCACACAGGACCUUCAAACUUCACAUGCUGAUAGUACUUAUUGAGUACACGACCCCUACUGACUUUUAGGUCACCAGGUCAAAGGUCAAGGUGCUUAGGUGGCAUUUGUCACCAUUAGUGACAGCUCUUGUUGAUAUGACAGAAUGUUAUGUUUUUAUGACUGGAAACCGAAUUUGGUGAAAAUUGAUAUUUUCAGAAUCUUUUAACCAGAGGUGCUGAUUGAAAUAUAAUUGAAAUCCUUUCACAUAUGCAUACAUAAACAAGUACGAAAUAUCAUUCUUCUAAGGAUUUGUGCCAUGCUUGAUAAUUUGAUGCUUUAAUGCAAUGGAAACCGCUAGCCUAAAUGGUCCUUGGGAUAGAAAUUGACCUGUUAUAUAAACCAUACCAAAGCUGUGUUAUUUAACCAAACAACAUGACAAUGAAAUAGUUGAAGCAGCUUAUUUUGUUAAACCUGUGAAGCUGAACUGUGAUUAAAGUAUGACAGAAAUAAAUAAAAAGAUGCAAGACUCGUGUAAAAUGAAUGUGUAUACAGUCGGUAAUGGUUGGGAAGGGAUUGUUUAGAAGAAAAGCAGAUUGCCAAAACUUUGUUAUUGAGUGGGCAAAACAAGCAGAUGCUUCACAGCAAAAGUUCUAGAGCCUGAACAAUACAAUUGUUUGUAUGGAAGUUGCAUAUAUUUUGUUUGGAGUGGAUUCUGACUUUUGGUUGCACCAUAUGGGAUUGGUUUAAAUGCCUACAGACAAAUUUCAUUCACUUAACCUUUCAUAAAAUAUGCAGUGUGAUGAGGGAAUAUCACUGAAUUGUAGAUAAAGUAAAUGUACCUUUACCCUCUACCAUUGGUUGAGAUUUUUUCCCCAAAUUAGUUCAUAUCAACCUUUAAGACAAUUUCAGAGGAUGAUAUUUCCUAAGCCACAACUUAAUGGGUAGAUUUAUUUUCUCACAAUUCAGUUUAUUGUUAUUUAUUUUUUUGCACAUGCAAAGUAAUUGGUAGUCUAUGACAUGUUUUAAACAAGGGAGAUGAUUAUUUUGCACUGGUAUUUUACUGGAAUGAUCUUUCAUCCUCUACUUCUGAUCCAUGUGGGAAUUUGACAGAUGCGGAGGACAGGAUGGUACUUGUAUGGCCUCCAGGAACACUGGUUAGGUUAACCCUUACCCUGCUAGAUUUCUGUAAUGAACUUGUCCAUCUUCCAAUUUGGACAGUACCAUUAACUGUUAAAAGGGGUGCAUACCAAAAAACAUACUGACUGAACGGUAAAUAGUGCAGGUCAUGAUCAGCCUGCACAGAUGUCCAGGCUGAUCAUGACCUGCAUUGGUUGCAAAGACAAAAUCAAUCGUGUCCAGCAUGAUAAAAGAGUUAACUGCCCGCUGAUAUAUAACUGAAAUACAACUAAAAAACAGUGCUAAAACCCCGAAAAGGCAAAUCCCAGCAUUUCAUUAUAGGCAAUGUGUUCCAGUCAAUAAGUGUUUUGAGUGAGGGGAGUUUAAGGGGAUGAAAUUUUGACUGCUUUCCAAGGUCUUUAAAAUUCAGGCCAGUUAUAUCUUAAGGUAAUGCAUUUCCUUUAGGGUAUUUAUCAAAUUAUUGUUAGCAUUUUUUGUUACUAUUUUUGUUGUUGUUGUUGUUGUUUUUUGUGGUUAGUCUAUGGAAGCUUUAGUGUGACGUGAACCUUUAGCUUUUAAGGAGUAGGAUGUUUUACAGAGUAUCAGGGAAUUAUUGUAAAGGCAUUAUAUUAUGAAAUGUAAAUAAUACCUGGGCCCAGUUGUUCGAAACUUUAAUUGACUGUUAAACUAAUUAAAUUUUUAUUCAAAGUAUUAGUCUUGGUGGGAAACACUAGUUUGAUGUUCUUUUUUAAUGGAAAGAUUUUAUAAUAAUUGUUCAUUUAGUAAUUUAACUAAGUCUUGUAAAAUCUUGAAAUAUAACUUGAAAAGUUAAUCGGCCGUUAGCUAAGUAACUCGUAAAAAUUCGAACAGCUUGGUCCAGCUAAUGAAAAUGUAGAAGUGUCUACCCUGACUAUGCAGAUAUAUCUGUAGCUUAGGCAUAUCUAAUUAGUUUUCUAUAUAUGUCCAUAAUAAAAUUCUGACAUUUACUCUUUCUGUCCAAAAAUUUAAAACUCACUCAUCUAAUCCCAUUUCUCUUAUUUUCAUAGGAACAAAUCCAGUGUGGCUUUAUCUGUCAUUUUUGAAUGCACGACUACGGAUACUUCUUAAUUUAUUUUACAUUAUGGGAGAGUAUUGAGUGUGCCUCAAUUUACAAUACCGUAUUUUGGUGUGUAUAGGUCGCGGUAAUGUAUAGUCCGCAUCUAAUUUUUGCUCUGGAAAUGGUCGGAAAAUUUAAGUUCUAGCGUAUUAGUCGCAGUUAAAUUUCGGAUUUUUUCCCCAGCAAUAUUUACCGGCAAAAAAGUUAUGGCAGCGGCCAUAUUGAUGCCGCGGACUGAAUUAUUAUCAGAACGUGAUUGGUGGAAAUCGGACAGUGUUAUUUUCGAUCCCAACCGUUUCGUACCAACAGUAGUAUCGGUAACAGACUACAUGAAAGAAAAGCGGCUUUUUGACACUAAUUGGCAGCAGUCAGUUUGCAUUUACAUUCUGUAAUUAUGCAAGUUAAAGUGUGAAUGUUUGCAUAGCAAUUAUAACACCUUUCCGUGUCAUGUAAUUAACCGUGUUCUUUUGAUUCCGAGUAAAAAGAUUAACAAAAUAUCACUUUUUGGAUUUUUUUCUUUUAUUUAAAAAUAAAAAAUAAAAAAUUAUCUUUCAAGUUUUUUAAUACGUUAAGAGUUAGCAUAAACAAUGUUUGGAAUGGAGGACGGCUCUGUCCGGAUUUUAUCCAACCCGGAGUACAUGUCAAUGGCGUCCAGUAAAACGAAAGUAGAAACAUACGUAAUUCAAACUGCAAAAACAUCGUUGAAUUAAAGUCAUUCGUAAUUUUACUAGUCUGUAAUGGUUAUUUACGAUAUAUUUCAUUGAAAGUAACCGCUACUGGUUCAAAAGCCGCCGAUAUUGAUAUUUUUUAUCCAUUUUGUUCGUUCGUAACAGAUGCACGUAAUUUUGCGAGAGCUACGGUCAGAAAAUUGGCCUGAAAAAAAAUUCUGCUGGCAAUGUUCUGUCGUAUAAGUCGCAGGAACUUUUUCAGGCAGCAAAAUGGGUAGAAAAAGUGCGACCUAUAUGCACCAAAAUACGGUACACACAAAGCCAGGCAUUUUCUUUCAAUAUGUAAUAUUUUGAUACUCCUGGAAAACAGGAAAGGACAGAUUUUGUAUUUAAUUUCAUGCUUGGUGAACUGCAAAAACUGACUAUGCAGAAUGGAUUGAAGCCUGACCUUAUUCCUCAUCAUAUUUGCUGUACUAAAUGUAUUGGACCAGUGUGUUGGUAAAACUCAAAGAAAAACAAGAUAACAGAUUUUUUGCUUGGUCAUGGUAAACACAAUUUAAUAUUGUUUUAGCCUAAGCUGUAAUUGGGAGAUGCUAGUGAAAACCAGUCUUAGGACAGAAAAUAACUUUCUGGAAUCUUGUUUGAACUUACUGAUAUUAGUUUAUAUUAAUUCAGUCUUUUGUAAUCAUUGCUCAACCUGUAGGUAAUUGAUGUUGAUUGCACUUCUCAUACGUAAUUAGUGCUGUUGAUCUCCUCGAGGCAGUGACUCCAGUGUGAUUGAAAUAAGCUUUGAGUUAGCCUUGUAUUUCAAGCUAAAGCAGAAAUACUUUUGAAAAAUGGCGUUGAUCCCAAAACAAACGCAUAUUUUAGCUGAAAUAAAUUUAUAUACAAAUAAAGAUAUCAUGCAAAGAAGAUAAAGUUAAGAAUAUUAUAAUUGUUCUUGAGGGUGUUAAAUGGUUUUUCAAAAAGUUGAUACAGCACUGUGUUUGUAUAGAUUUUCCCUUUAAAUCGAAAUUGUCUCUAAAUUAAUCAGUGAAAGAAAUCAUCUCUAUUAGAUUUUUAUACUUCUCAGUCAGCAAUUGACAGUUAAAUCCUGCACCCAAGGUUACAAAUUUGAGUUUGUGGACCAGUCUAAAGACUCGAGUUUCUUAUUGGUGGUUUUUAAUGCACUUUUGAAAUUGACCAAUGGCUUGGUUGCAUUGUAAGACUGGUUUGCAACUCAUUUAUAUUAUCUCUAAGCUCACAGCUUAUAUUCAGUAUUCCAGUUGUAAUAUCAUAGAAAUAUGUAUCAACUGUAAAACAGGAUGAUUAUUACUUUGUUUGAAGGUAACUCUAUUUUGAUGAUAAGCUUCACAUACUUGGAUAGUAUUUUAAAGGUCACAAAGGUCAAGUUGAAGAAGAUUCUUGGAAGUUAUUUUCUGGGUUUUUUUUUGUGAGAUGAAUAGUUGUUUAGAGGAAUGUUCCAAAUAAAUGUAUAGAGAUUUGAAAAUGCAGAAUGUAAUUAUGUAGAUAUUAUUUUAUUGGUAGAUUUGUAAACUUGUACAUAAAUGUGCAAUAUAUCUUAUGAUUGGUCAGUUUGUAUUGCUUAUAUCAGUAAGCAGCCUUGCCAGUUAAAACUCAAUUGGAUUGGCAUAAAAGCCACACCAUGAGAGAACCAACAUAGUGCAUUUGCAACCAGCAUGGAUCCAGACCAGCCUGAGCAUCCACGUAGUCUGGUCAGGAUCCAUGCUGUUCGCUUUCACAGGCUAUUGCAAUUAGAGAAACCGUUGGUGAACAGCAUGGAUCCUGACCAGACUGCACAGAUGCGCAGGCUGGUCUUGAUCCAUGCUGGUCGCAAAUGCACUAUGUUGGUUUUCUCAUGGUGCGGCUCAUUAAUAAUUUAGUUCCCAUUUGUCACAUAUUUUGGGGUUUUACCUCUGGAUUGUCUGCUUAUGUGAGUUUUGGGGUUAUUCUCAUGAAGACUUUUUUUUAGGUUUUUGGUAUGUAAACUGUCUUUCUUAUAGAAGUUUACAGUUUAUGGGUGUUUUAGGGCGGUCAUUAUUCUGCAUUCCACAUCUAUUUAUAAUCAACUUAUAAUCUGUAGUCAGCAAGUAUUUCAUAAUGUCAUUUAGUAAGAAUUGAGGAGAUGCUUAUAAACUAGGAAAUUUAAACAGGAGACAUUUUUGUCACAACCAUCUUUCUGUCUGGCCAUCCGCCUAUCAUUCUUUUCUUGUCUGAAGUGUAACAUUAAAAGAACUGUAGAGGUUCUCAGCUAAACUUUGAUAUAGAAGGAUACUAAUGAGACAGAAUGCAGUGCUAAUGAACCAUAUCUCUGUCUUGAAUACUUGUGAAGUUGUCUCCCUUCCUGGACUUUUAAUUUUCCUUGUUUGGCGUAUAACUCUUACAUUACUGAAUACAUUUGAAUGAAAUUUGAAAUAUUAAUAGAUACCAGUGGAAGGAAGUGUAGAGCAAAAGAAUUAUAACUACCUUGAAUGUAUUUCAUAUUAUCUCUCUUUUUGUACUUGAUUCUCCCUAAUCUUUGGGUGAUUUCGAAUUUCUAAAGAUGUUUCUUUAAUAGUUUUAUUCUUAAGAUAAUCAGAAUGUUGUAGAAAAUGGUUGUGAGUGUUUAAUUUUUACAAGGCACAAGGUCAGGGUGCAUGUUUUUGCCCACCUCAGUGCAGGUUGGAGCAUACAGAUGUACCCCUUUGUGCCCAGGCUUAUGUAUUCUUACACUAAGCUGAAGCACAAGGAGAUUUGAUGUUUUCCUAAAAAGUGGUUAUAAAUGGAAGGCAAAACUUCCACUGUAACUGUUCUGCCUCUAUGUUUUCCAUGUGUUGCUAUAUCACUAGUAUGCCAAAAAAAGUACAGUUAUAGCUUCUUGUUAAUUAUUAAUAUGUUAUAUAAAUGGGUAGUAUCUGUUGAAGAGAAAAUAACCUUUGUUCAGGGAAAAACCAUUGUUUUAGCUGGGGUUCAUUGCAAAUAAAUGUUUUUCUAGCUUGAGUGCUUUCUGAAGAAUAGUAACUGUAGGUAGUCAUUUUAGACUGUCCAUAAUUACUUGAAGACAGCAAGUCAGUUUCAACCAAACUACUCUAGAAAGUUCCUCGGAUGGUCCCAUUCCAUAUCCCUUCAAAUACAGGUCAUGCAUUUUAUAAUUCUGGCCGCUGUGGCUGCCAAGAGGAAAAACUUUAAAAAUCUUCUCAGAAAUAACUUGGCUGAUUUUAAAAUAUUUUCGCAGCAGUGUUGUAGUGACCCUCUACCAUAUUCUUUCAAGCCACAUUGAUUUGUUAAAAACAAAGCUACAAGGAGGGCGGAGCUAUGUUAAAAAACACAUGGCAACUAGAGGGUCUGGCUAGCUUUCUAUCUGGUUGUAUGGAAAACAGUCAUCUUCACUAGAGCUGGACUUUAAUGUAAUUUCACUGUAAAAAUAAAGUUCCCAGACAAGGAGUGUUAAAAUCAAUUUGAUUUGUAAAGAGGACAUUGCUGCCAGAGGGUUUGGUCACUUUUCUCCCUAUUUUUAUAAUUGAAGCUCUAAAAUAUUCUCUUUGGAAACUGCUGGUCAGAUUUUGAAAUAAAUGCACAAAUAUGUUCUUUGUGGUGACCCCAAACAAAGUUUGUUAAAACUAUUCAGGUUUGUCAAGGGAACAUAGCAUGCUCAAUCACUUUUUCCACCCCAUGUGGUUCUGGGACGAUCUAUGUAUGAAAAGAAUUUGAACCACUGCCUUACCCUUGCAUGAUCGUAAGAGGCGACUAAUAGGGUCUUAACACUGGUUUUGCAGUAACUCUGAUUCCAGCAGGUAUGCAAAUUUUGAUUCCAUACCUCAUGUUUUUAUUUCGAUGUAAACAGAUUUUAGACAUUUGAAGUGUGAACCUACAAUAUAUGGCCUGUGUUUUAAAUCCUGUUUGAAAGAAAAACCCCUUUUUUGAAAUUUUAGUUUGAACUUGUGACCCCUUACAUUCUUACCUUGCAUCAUACCACUGGGUCGUUCUUUGUUGUUUAUGAAUAUUGCAGUAUAAACCUUUACAUAGUGUAAAUAGAGAACUCUCUGUAAAUAUUGUACAUAGCAAUGACUAGGUCUGUAUAUAUUGUAUAUAGAAAUUGUAAAUAGCAGCAACACUGUACUGGUUAUAAUUGUAAUAAUAGUUUAUUUGUAAAUGAAAAUGUUUUGUGGAAUGUAUAUGUGAGCCGUGCCAUGAGAAAAUCAACAUAGUGGGUUUGCGACCAGCAUGGAUCCAGACCAGCCUGCGCAUCCGCGCAGUCUGGUCAGAAUCCAUGCUGUUCGCUAAUGGUUUCUCUAAUUCCAAUAGGCUUUAAAAGCGAACAGCAUGGAUCCUGACCAGACUGCGCGGAUGCGCAGGCUGGUCUGGAUCCAUGCUGGUCGCACACCCACUAUGUUGGUUUUCUCAUGGCACGGCUCAUGUUAUAGCAGUGCUAGUAUUAUUCUGUAAGAUACUGUUUUCUCUUGUAUGUGUUGAGAAUUAUACAGAUACAAGAUUAUCAGAUACACCAUUAGCAUAUGUUUGAUAUUACACUUACAGCAUAUGUGUGAUGUUACACUAUUAGCAUAUGUUUGAUAUUACGCUAACAGCAUAUGUGUGAUGUUACACUAUUAGCAUAUGUGUGAUGUUACACUAUUGGCAUAUUUGUGAUGUUGCACUAUUGGCAUAUGUGUGAUGUUACACUAUCAGCAUAUAUGUGAUGUUACACUGAUGUUAUGACAUUCUACAAAUAUUUUUGUAAAAAAAAUUGUCAAGGGGUCUAUAAAUAAUUGAGAUAUGAUAAUGUGUUUGCACAUAUAUAGAAAAUCUCUUUUUAUUACUAAUAAUAAGAAUCAAAUGAGCUUACUUACAUCAAAUCAAUUGCCACUUACUGCUGAGGGUUCAGGCCUUGCUCGGGAAGUUAUCAGGCUGUCUUUUGGAAGGUUGAUAGUUCUAUCAGUGUGCUAACCCUUACUUGAAAUAACUGCCAUGUAAGCUUUUUAGCGUUUUCCUCGACCAUUAACCUUUAGCCUGCUGGCGGCAAGUGGUUCUGCCUUUGUUACCAGUACAGACCAAGAACUUGACCCCAUACUUAUAUCAAUUUGUCGAUUAGUCGAGCCCGCUGUCAACAGACACUUUUUGUUUAAACCCUAGGACUGGGUAUUUCCAGUAGAAAAUGAAGAAUCUGAAGUGUGGGGUAGGAGUCACAGAACACAAUUACAUAGAUACAUUUGGAACUAGAUUCUCGUGAACAGUGCAUUUAUUCCAAAGAAUAUGCCGCAAUUGUUAUAGUGUAAAUAUUUGUACAUAGAACUGUGUGUAUAUAGUUGUUAUUAUAUAAUGUCAGAGACAAUUUGUUGGUGUCAAAAUAAACCAUUGAAUGGUUGAAA